AUGCGUCUUGAAACUUGUUACUAUUGUUCAUCAACAAUAUGGCCGGGUCAUGGCAUUCAGUUUGUACGAAAUGAUUGUAAAAUCUUUCGAUUUUGUCGAUCACGUUGCCAUCGUGCAUUUAAGAAGAAAUGGAAUCCACGAAAAUCUCGCUGGACAAAAGCACAUCGAAAAUUCACUGGCAAAGAUUUGACUACCGAUUCGACGUUCGAAUUCGAAAAACGUCGAAAUGAACCAGUGAAGUAUGAUCGUGAAUUAUGGCAAAAUACCAUCAAAGCCAUGGAGAGAGUCGGAGAAAUUCGAACGAAACGUGAACGACAUCAUAUUAUGAAACGUCUCCGACAAGGUACACUUGACCGAAAAGCAGCCGAUUUACGUGAAGUACGAGAUUAUAUUCAUCUUGUUCGCGCACCAAAUGCCACUAAACCGAUGGAAGAGAUCGAAAUGGUUCAAAAAGCCAUGGAGAAACGUGAACAAGCUGGUGAACUCUUGACCAAAAUUGGUACAACUGUGUCGACAACAAAGAAACUCAGUGCUCUACGCCGUCGUGCACCGAAAAUCGAAGUUACGAUGGAAACAUCAGAUACCGAACAAGCAAUGGAAUAA